AUGCAAGUAACCGAUUACUACUAUAUAGAAUGGCCUUUGUUUCGCCCUACAACGGGAGCCACACUAUUCAGAGCUGGAAACGAAACAUGCCCACUUGAUGUGGCCCCAGUGCCACUCAAUGGCAUCCCAGCGAGGAUUUCACCUGUGAACUCCGACGAUGGCGUGAUCCGUGAAUCCACUGAUCUCAACAUCAAAUUCGUUUUCGUAUCACCAUGUGCUCAGUCUGUUGUGUGGAAGGUUCAGUACGAUGAAGAGUCUGAAAAAUAUUUUGUGAGAGUUGGUGGAGUAGAGGGAAACCCUGGCUGUGAAACCAUAACCAAUUGGUUUAAGAUUGAAAAACUUGGAGAUUACUACAAGCUUGUUUUCUGUCCAAGUGUCUGUAACAAUCAUUAUUGCAACGUCAUUUGUAAAGAUGUUGGCCUGGAUUCCGAGGGUCGCUUCGUUCUAAGCGAUACACCAUACCAGGUCGGGUUCAGAAA